UCUGCUCAGAGUGCUGUCCUAUAAGGCAUUGCUUGUUUAAGUACAGUCGCAUUUAGUUGGAGCUGCAGGAGAGAGACAGAGAGAUUCUCUGUGUUUACAGCCAGCCCAGGCUACGGUGGAGCAUCCAACCUGGCCCCCCCGUUCUCCAGCACUUGGAGGGGAGAGUGAGAGGUUAUUUGGGAAUCUGGCCGCCACGGGUCAGCUUGCGCUGCGACUGGAUUGUCAGAGCUGGCAAAGCAGAGCCCAGGGGGACUGAAGGGAAACACGAAUCCCAUUCUCUUUGAGAGGAACGAAGAGGGGGAAAAAAAAAAAAAAGACAAAUUGAGAGAGAGAGAGACAGAAGCAAAGAGACGGCGAAAAAGGCAGAGGAAGCGGAGCGAGUGAGAGAGAAGCAUGAGGACCUACUGGCUGCACAGUAUCUGGGUGCUGGGAUUCUUCCUGUCCCUCUUCUCCUUGCAAGGGCUGCCAGUCCGCAGCGUGGAUUUUAGCCGAGGUACCGAUAACAUCACCGUGAGGCAAGGGGACACAGCCAUCCUCAGGUGUUAUGUAGAAGACAGAAGCUCCAAGGUCGCCUGGUUAAACCGUUCUGGCAUCAUUUUUGCUGGAGAAGACAAGUGGUCCCUGGACCCUCGAGUAGAGCUGGAGAAGAGAAACCCCCUGGAAUACAGCCUGCGGAUCCAGAAAGUAGAUGUCUAUGAUGAGGGCUCCUAUACGUGUUCAGUGCAGACACAGCAUCAUCCCAAGACUUCCCAGGUUUACUUGAUCGUGCAAGUUCCACCAAAGAUCUCCAAUAUCUCCUCAGACAUCACCGUGAAUGAGGGCAGCAAUGUGACCCUGGUUUGCAUGGCAAAUGGGCGUCCCGAGCCUGUCAUCACCUGGAGGCACCUCACUCCUACAGGCAGAGAGUUUGAAGGUGAGGAGGAGUACCUGGAGAUCCUGGGGAUCACACGCGAGCAGUCGGGCAAGUACGAGUGCAAAGCUGCCAACGAAGUUGCCUCAGCAGACGUCAAGCAAGUCCGGGUCACUGUGAACUACCCUCCCACCAUCACAGAGUCCAAGAGCAAUGAAGCAGCCACGGGACGACAAGCCUUACUGCGGUGCGAGGCAUCAGCAGUGCCCACGCCCGAUUUCGAGUGGUACAGAGAUGAUACCAGGAUAAACAGCGCCAAUGGUCUGGAGAUAAAGAGCACGGGAAGUCAGUCUCUGCUGAUGGUGGCCAAUGUCACUGAGGAGCACUAUGGGAACUACACCUGUGUGGCUGCCAACAAGCUGGGAGUCACAAAUGCCAGCCUAUACCUUUACAAACGAGUUUUACCCACACUCCCCAAUCCUUUUCCAGGACCUGGCACAGGGAGAGUAGACAACGGCUCCAUGAGUUUGGCCAUCCCACUGUGGCUUCUGGCAGCAUCCCUGCUCUGCCUACUCAGCAAAUGUUAAUACAA